AUGGACGAUUUCGGCGUGAUCGUUCCUAUCCUGAGUAAAAACAUCCCCACCCCAGAGUUGUCAUGCAAAUCUGCAUGCCAAAAAAGCUUGUCAUGCGGAGCGCCAUGAGAGGCAUUCUCUAGUCGUGUUUUGGAAUUUGUGAUGCUAUAAUGAGCAUGAUAUACUAGAUCUGUGAUGCUGCUGAACUACCUAGACAGGGUUACACUACGAGGACAAAUUUGUCAUGCCAAACGACCAAAGCUGGCUGAUUUGUCUAGCAGAUUACGCAUCUUGACUCUGGUGCGGGGACGUUUUUACAAACGAUAGUUCCGCCAGCAGCGUCAGGCACCGCGCCGGCAUGCUCUGGCAGCACUGCGCAAGUUGGUCACGACUAUGUGGACAUCCAGCUUGACUCUGACGACGAGGAUCUGGACGGACGCGGCGGCGCAGAUGCGAAGCGACGCGGUGGAACAAGCAGCGGCGGCCUAUCAACUGUAAAAAUGUCUGGGUCUGGACGAUUCUGACACUUGUCAUGCACGUUUUGCAUGAGCCCUGAUGUCUGUGAUGCAUGCCCUAGCAUCACAGCCUUUUUGAGAGCUUCUUGAUGCAUAUUCCGCAUGACAAAUGCCCUCUCCGCGUAGCAAAAAGAACAUUCCUUUUGGUACUCAUGCAAUGCAGAUUCUUGUGGAAUCCAAAUGCAGCAUCACAAGUUGCAUUUUUCCAGACCCAGACAUUUUUACAUUUCAUACGGCCUCAGGCGUGCUGACAGUCAAGGUUGUAGCGCGACGAAAUCACACCCCCGGGACGACGGGGACUCUCUCGACGUCGAAGCCAGAAAGUCUUCCACGUGGUGUCCUCCGACAAACGCGCUCCCUUUGAUGACCCCUCGCGCCCUCCGGUUGGUUGUGUCUUACGGCCUUUGCCUGGCCUUGUGCCUCCUCGUUGCUGUGCGGUUCAGUGGCUGGAUUUUCAACGUCUUCAUCUUUGACUACGCAGCUCCGGGCGCCUAUUUUUGGCGGGCCGCACAAGUUGACGGAAGUUUGCGAGGGGCGGCGGGUGCAGCAGGAGCAGGAGCCGACCGCCCAUUAGAGAAUAUCGAGCCUCCGGAAGGCCGACGAAUCAUAUUACAAUUAAAAAUGCCCUCACCCUGGAAUUUGAAAAUAAAGUUUCUCAUGCAAAGUUUCCAAAUGAAAGCUUUUUGUCUUGCAUGAAAGGACUACGAGCCUUUCUGAUAUGCAGAACCUAGACUGCGCAAGGUAGCUUUUGCAUCACAGAUCCGGCUGUUAUUGGGCUCCUUUGCAACACAAAUGUGAGCUAUUCAGGAUGGGAAAUUAUUUGUCGUGCUGAUAUAGCAAGACGGGGAAUGUUUCCAUUGGAAUGGUUUGCAAUACAAAUGCUGCCAAGUGCAGGGGUGGGUGCAUUUAUCACUGUGAUAAAUCGGGUACGGGAUUUUGACCGGGUGUAAUCGGUUCCCGCAGAUCGCAGACCAGCUUUAUCGAGUGCAAAUAUCCCUGGAUGUCUGGAAGAGUGCGCGAUUUGUCAUGCAGCUUUUCCAUGACCCAUGAGGUCUGGAAUGCAGGACCUAGCAUGACAGAUUCUGUGCGAUCUGUAUGAUGCCUAUCCUGCAUGAGAAACUCCCUCCCGACUUGGCCAAAACUAGUAGACGACUUUAGUAAUCACGCAACACAGAUUUUUGCAUGGUUAAGAUUUUGCAUGACAAGUUCCACUCUUCCAGACCCAGGCAUGUUUGCAAUGCAUAAGCUUCGAAGUCUCGGAAAAAUGGGGGUCCCGGCCGAGGACAUCCAGGUAAUGCUGACGAUGUGCGGGCCUUCGGCUAUCUACGGCAAGACGACACAGGAAGACUGCGAGCUGUUCGCCAACAGCGCCCGGGUCGCACAAUUUUGGACAGACACGGAGCUCGCAAGCCUGGCGCAAUUCCAGCACAUGACGGCGUGGAGGAGCAAGAUGCAACCCAUCACCAAGCAGGACGCUAUCCGUGGCUACUACGAGCACAAGGAUCUGCGCCACUGCGGAGCUCCUGGAGGUGCUGCUGGCGGUGCAAUUACUGCUAGUAGUAGUACAUCAGAGGCGGGACGAGCAGGGGGUGGAGCGGCGGCGGGUAUAAUCCAAUUAAAGCGAAAGCAGAAUUCGGUCGAGCCCAAGGAGGAGAUGAAUAGCGGAACGCGGGCUGGUGCUGGAGGUGAGCAGAUAUCAAAAUGAAAAAUCCCCCCUUUUCCAUAUUGAAAAGCUAUGUUUCCGAAAAUUUGUGUUGCUGAUUUGAGGUCACAAAUCACAUGUGUCUUGCAAGACGACAAAGGCAGAAGCUUCGGCCCCAUCAUGGAAGCGAUUUGUCAUGCUGUCGGACUUAAAGCGGAGCCGUUUGCCAUGCUGAACAACUAGACCCAUACGCCCCUGCCUAGCCUGGGGAUCUGGCCGCAAUGCCUUCCUGCAAUACAAAGGCGAUUCGUGUACACAAAUCCAGCAUAAGAAGUUUCGUUUUGAUAUGGGGAGGGGGGAUUUUUCCUUGCAAUAGCAGAACAAAGUUGACGAUAGAAAAAGUGGCGGCGCCAACGACGCGAGCGAGGGAGCGAGCCUCCAUUCUACUUUUUUCAAAUGCAAAAAUGUCUGGGUCUGGAAGAAUACAACUUUGUAAUGCGUGUCUGGCAUGACUCGGGAAUCUGUGUUGCAUAGGCACGAAAGAGCCCUCUUGACUGUCAUGCGAAAAGGCAGUUUGCCAUGCGGAAUACGUAAGACAUGGCAGCCACAAAAUUUGUCAUGCAUAGCUGCGUAUUGCGGCGCGUCUAUCAUUCACUUUUAGCACUACAAGUUUCCAGACCCAGACAUUUUUGCAUUUUAUAACUUCCACCGCGGAUCAGCGAGAAGAACUACAUGCAGCCACGGCGAGCGGACUGAGUGUCGUCUCCGAGCUACCCACGCACCCAGCGGGAGCAGACGCCUGGAUUCGCGCCGAACCCCUGCCGCCGCAUGGUCGAGAGUGGCGGAGCACCACGACGGUGGCCCCCGACGCCGGGGCGGCAGCAGCUCUGCUCCGCCUGAAUAAGCAGGGGCAGGAACAAGGAGAGGACAGGAGAGCUGCACCGGGAAAGCAGGCAGGACAGCGGCAGCAGAUGAUGGAUCCGGUCAUCUUAUCCUGAGUAGAAACGGGGCCGACGACACCCCAUAGUCAAGAUGGGAAAUUUGCUAGACAAAUCUACACGCUUAGGGUGUCGCGCAUGACAAGUUCGGCCUCGUACUGUAAUCCUGUUUAGUACCUCGCUCAGAAGCAUCACAAAUCUAGCCUACAAUGCUGAUUGGAGCAUUACAAUAAUUCCAAAACACUACUAGAAAAUGCCUGUCAUGGGGCUGCUCCGCAUGAGAAACAUUUUGGGCAUGCGUUUUUGCAUGACAACUCUGGGGUGGGGUUGGGCACGUUUAUUUUACUCAGGAUACAUCUCUGUGGCGACGCGGCUCGCGACGCAGGGCGAUGUCGUCUUGCCGUCCAGCUACGGUGCUGGAGACCACGGUGCCGCUGGCACAGGAAUUACGUCCUCUUCUACCGCUAUGGCAGCGGCAAAGACUUUUUUCAAAAAAACUUUCUUUUUUCGCCACAUAUGAUUUUACGGCACUUCAAAGGCAUACAAGCGGGCAAGCGCAGAAUAGAUCUGCAUAGGCGUAGAGAUUCCGCUUGGUACUUGGCUAGCUACCCGAAAGCCAGGAGAAAAGUGGCCUCAGGAGCAGCCGCGGCCAUGGAUUCAGUCCUUGGCGCUGUGGCCUCGUGGUACAUAACACGCAAGGCCUCGGCCACGACUUUGGUGUAUGGGCAGGGCCUUCGGGAUAAGUCAGCGACAUUCUGACGGGUUCGCCUAGAAGCGGCGGUCUGAAACGCGCACCGCCUCGAGACAUGUCCCGUCCUGGCUUUGGAAGUGCCCCAAGAGGCAAAUACAGAGCACGCGGACACCUUCGGCGCCCUUGAAUUUAUUCCCCGCCAGGCUGUGCAAGUCUCCGUCUUGGCCGAAUUCGCGCGGUCACUGUUCAAGACAUAUUUUAUCAAAAUCUGCGAACUUGCGCAAACGAAAAGCGGGGUCGGGCCCCCCCUUGAGGGGGGGGGGUUUGGGGGACCCCCUUUCGUGGAGAUACCUAUGGGGAGUAACUCUCUUAAAAGGCCCCAAAGGAGGGGGGGUUUGGAGGACCCCUCGGGGGCACCCCAAGAGGAUUUCGGCUUUCAGCCCAGGAGGGAGCUCUGCUGGCCUCCGUGCAAAACAGCCGGGGCGAAGAAACGCCCCCGGAGAUCCAGGGCCGGAAGAGCGCCGCGGCCGCGGCAUCAAUGUCAUCGGCAAUGCGGCGCAUGGCUUUGAAUUGUUCAAAAGCUACGCGCGGGCGUCUGUUUCGCCUGUUAGGGCGUGGGCCUUUUGUUGGCUCCAGCCGACAGCGCCUCCGGCUUUGGGCUGGCCGCGUAUCGCUGUCAUUAAACCGGCAGCACUGCAGGGGCUGGCUGUUCGACAUCUGCGCCGGCCAUGACGGACCCACAGCCGUGGCGCCGUGCGCCACCAAUGCGGCCAUCUUCCUGCCUCCAGGCUACCGAGCUCAGAAGACCUUGGCAGAAGCUGUCGCCACGCAAUCGAUUUUCGCCUCCAGCAAGCUAUCUGCUAACCGCGACGGGCGAUCCUUAUGUCGCAAAAAAAAAAAGUUUUUUGGAAAAAAGCGCCGCUGGCACAGGAAUUACGUCCUCUUCUACCGCGCGGACUACAGGACUAGCACACAUCAAAGAUCAGGAGCAGGAUAAUACCGGCUUUUCGAUAAUUCGCGCGAUGCCGAACCUGGACCACAAGUCGGCUUUUCCUGUCUUCAACCAGCGGUUUUGGAACGGCAUAUCGUGGUGGAAAAAAAGGGUUACAGUUACACACAUAGUCUAUGCAAGGCCGGCAACACAGACAGCCUUUGUCAUGCAGGACAUGCUUGGGAGCCUCGUUUCCUUCCUGUUUUCCCUUAAUAUGAUCUUCGCAUCACAAGUUUUCUCUGCCACACAGAAAAAAUUUGUGAUGCAGAAACUCCAACAAAUGUGUAACUGUAACAUUUUUUUCUCGUGAUAUGGCAAGGAAAACGGGUACUACGCGGUGCUGCAGGACGCUCCCAAUACUCACCCGGCCAUUAUCAAAAGGAAACAUCCCCACUCCCCAUCAUGACCAGGUACGUUUUCGAAAAUUUGUGUUGCUGAUUUGUGACCGCGUAUCGUCUCCGUAUUGCAUGAAGGCAACUCCACAGGCGCCGCCGCAUUCUACAAGCGGGCUGUCAUGCUCAUACUCCUACAGCGUAGACGUCUGCCAUGCUAAGAACCUAGGCCAAAACCUGUCUUCUCAGGCUUGAUAUGGGCCUUGUGUCCUCGCCAGCAAGACAGCACUAAUUUGUGCGCGCAAAUUCGGCAACAGAAGUCUCCGCUUCAAUAUGGGGAGGGGGGAUUUUUCAUUCUGAUAGCCAUGUGGGGCCACCCAGACAUCCCCCCGGCAGUGACUCCGUUUCAGCAGCAGCACUUUCGCGUGACCAAUUUCUUCAUGUGGAUGUUUGGGAUUUUGUUUAGCCAAUACGAGUACGCGGCCGUGCUAGAGGACGAUUUGGGGCUUUCGCAGUACCUGCACCAAUUCUUCUUGCUUAGCUCUUCGGUGAUGGACCUGGAUGACACGUUGGCGGGGGCCAGCGCCUGGCACGAUAAUCAGGUCGAGAAGGCCCCCACUCUCGACAUUCUCCGCCAGAAUCACUUCGGCGGACUGGGUUGGAUGACAAGUCGGUCCGUUUUUCUCGGGUACAUGAUGCCCUGGAUGCGGCCAGACCGCGGACACCUCGGGUGGGACACCAUUUUAUCCUUUGACACGGACAAGAUGAUGGUUUCGCCGCGGCCGACGAACAAAAUCGGACAGGAGGGAGGUGCACCACAGCAAAUGUUGAGGUCCGCUUCGCUACUGGGUGCAAGGACAUCAACUGAAGCGGAGCAAGGAGAAGAAAACUUUCGCGGCGCGCACGGAGUGAAUAGCAAGGGUGGGAUAUGCAAGAAAAAAACUGUGUAAGUGUAAUGACUCUGUAAUGCAGAACAUGCAAGAGAGUUUACACCUGUCAUGCCGGACAACCAUGAAGUCCUCUUUCCAUGUGUGCUUUCCCUUACAAGCCACGCAUGACAGGUUUUCCACCCUGUCAUGGCAGACAAACUUGUGAUGCUGCUUUCCCAAAAAAGACUUACUACAAUAACAUAGUUUUUUUCUUGCAUAUGGGAUUUUGGUUAAGGCGAGCAGCCAAGGCAGUGCAGCGAGCAGCCGAACCGCAGCACUGUACUUCGAUAUCGAGAGGAAAAAUCCCCCCUCCCCAUUUCAAAAGGAAACUUCUGAAGAUGCUAGAUUUGUGUACACAAAUCAGAUUUGUCUUGCAGUAGGGGACUGCAGGCCGAUAUCAUGCCAGUGCGCAGAGGUUUUGGCCUAGGCACUUAGCAUGGGGAACGCCUAUGCUGUAGGACCAACAGCAUUACAAACCGCCUGCAUAAUGGGGCGGAGCGGAUGCCGUUGCUUUCUUGCAAGACAGACACGAUUUGUGGUCACAAAUCAGCAUCGCAAAUUUUUGGAGGCGUUCCUUUUCGAUAUGGGGAGGGGGGAUUUUUCCCUACGAUAUUCGAAGACUUGGCUUUCGACGCGUUUGUCCCGAAGUCAAGCACGUACCGAUUCUUCUCCGCCGACGAGCAGUCCGGGGGACCUUCGCACAAGGAACGGCUCUGCUUUCUAUAUCCGUCUGUGGCAUUGACCAGGCAUUUGAGCACCAACACCCACAUUUCCGGCACAAAAGCCGAGUAUAAACGGUUGGAGUCUCUAGGAUUCUGGCCGGAUUUAUCGCGAGAAAAAAGUGUUACAGUCACACACUUGUUGGAGUUUCUGCAUCACAAAUUUUCUCUGUGUGGGAGAGAAAACUUGUAAUGCAAAGAUCAUAAGGGAAAAUUCAUAGGAAACGAGGUUCGCAAGCAUUUUCUGCAUGACAAAGGUUGUCUGUCUUGCGGCUCCUGCAACAUAAUGUCUAACCAGCCACCCCCCGGCGAAGGCCGCCGGGGAGGGGGCUGCUCGGUGGAGGUGUUCCGGUGGGGAAGGUGGCGCCAGCAAUGAAUCGCUGCGCGCCGCUACACAACCAAAGUAAUGAAAAAAGCCCGGCCAAUGUUUCGGCAUGGGCGGGCACCAUGCCCGGCCUUUGUAGCUGCGCGCCGUUGGGAAAUGCACACAGGAAACUACUUCCGGGCGCCAACGUUGAAGAAGCCACAAGGGCGACGCACCUGCUGCCAGCGCGCGCGCGCGCGGUGGGAAAGAAGUUGCGGCCACCCUAGGUGGCCGACCAGGUUAAUACGGGGCGCCGCGCCCCCUCUGGGGGACGCAGAGCGGCGCACGCACUUUGAACGGCCGCUCUGAUCUGAAAGCGAAAACAAUGCCAGCCGGCCGCUGCGCCCUAACGAGCUUCUAUAGGGGGCGCCGCGCGCAGACAAGAGGGCAGGCUGUGCUCCUGGAGGUGGUCCGCGAGAGGGUCCCGGAGAGGGUCCGGGAGAGGGUCCGGGAGAGGUUCAGAGAGGGUCGGAGAGGGUCCCGGAGAGGGUCCGGGAGAGGGUCGGAGAGGUCCCGAGAGGGUCCGGCGAGAGGUAAAGUAGAGGUUUCCGGAGAGGUUUGAGGUAGAGGGUCGCCUAGAGGGUCGCCCUAUACUACGCACCCUCUCCGACCCUCUACACCCUCUUCCCCUACCCUCUAUUUUACCUCUGUCCAACCUCUACCCACCCUCUGCGCGCGUAUAGCCGCGCUUUAAGGCCGUGCAUACUACGCACCCUCUCCCUUACCUCUACUUUUCCUCUCGUUUUACCUCUCCCCGACCCUCUUAUUUUGCCCGACCCUCUAUCUUACCUCUCCGACCCUCUAUUUUACCUCUCCCGAACCUCUCCCCAACCUCUACCCUACCCUCUCCGGCCCCAAAGUUUGCCUUAUAUAAUAUAUAUAAUUGUGACACUUUUUCCUUGCGAUAAGAUUCCAUCCAGCCACAAUGGCCAAAUGCAGCUACCUUGUUGGCUUGGAACUACGAGCGCCACGUGUUGGAGAAGGCGCUUCUAGGACUUCAGCACGUGGUCUCCUCUUCGGGGAAGCUACCUGCAGUUCCGGAGGGGGUUCCCGGAAUAGAAUUCCAACGCGGCGCACAGCGGCCGCCGACCACGCAGCUCGGAGGCGGGGGCUUCACUUUGCAAGAACGCCGCCAGACCAUUGCGGCGAAUGCGAAGGUGCACUGCCUGGCUAACUGUCUGGACGAUACGGAUGCGGAAGGGUGGAACUACAUGCGGGAGCGGUUCCACAUGAUCGGAGUUGGAUGGGGGGGCACUCCGAGGCAAUCGUACAAGGGAACCGUAAUGGUUUACCAACACCCCCAUCGGCACUUCGUGGUUGCGGAAUAUUCUCCCUAUUACAAGCUGCUUUGCACUUAAACAAACUUCUACACAAAAAACACAUCACUGGAGAGGACUCUCAUCUACACAGAAAUGAUAAAUUCAAAGCUUCAUGUUAUGAUUCGAUCAUUUCAUCUUAGUCGAGUUACGAAUAAAAGCAAAUAAACUAAAGACGUAAACGUAUUUAUUUUCCUUAUUUUUGCCGCAAAGAGCAGCUCGGUGUUGUUCUAAAAGAAAUUCUGGCUAAAUAUCAAAGUACGGAGCGUAUGCAUCGCAUCACAAUUUAUUUUCCAACUUGAUCAUUUGAUUACCACGACCCGGACACGCAUACAUUACCACAGAGCAAACGAGAAAAUUCCCACCGAGUCACAUCAACACUGUUUUGCGUUUUUUCUUCUUUUUCGACUCUGUGAUAGUGUUGGAGCAAGCGAGAGCAUUCGGAGCGGUUCGAUUUUUGACAGUCGCCUACCGCGAGCUUCUAUAAGCGCGACAAUUCCAGCUAGGUCCUGGGAAAGUUUGUUUUUUCAUUCAACGAAACUCCUCCGCAACAAAUCUGCUAUGCACAGUUGACAGAUAACGCGUCAGAAAACAGGAUGCGUGCACCAAAAAAGUGUUUUUUUUUUAAAAAAAUAGAAAAAAGUAAAUUCGCAGACAUGAUGUAAGUAUCAAAGUAAAUUCGUAGUGUGUUUUCCGUUACAAGCCACGCAUGACAGGUUCUCUGUAUCAUGUAGAGCAAAUCUGUGAUGCUGUCAGCCCAAGGAAGUUACACUAACACAGUUUUUUCCUUGGAUAACUGAAGUCUUUUCUUUUCAAUCCAGUCAAUGGAUCGAUAUUUUCAUCUCGCGAU